GGUACAAUUUUCCACCGACGUUCACUGUUCUUCGAUAAGUUGUCCGACCGCAUUGUAAAUUCCUUCGGAGGUACCAGACCAUCAAUAUCAAUACAACAAACAGCUUCAACAUGUUCGUCUCGUCAGCUGCUCGUAUUGCUCCAGUCGCCCGCAACCUGGUCCUCAAUGGAACGAAAGCUUAUCUCCGACCAUUGAGCAGCGCUGUCAUCAGCCAAAGCCAGACGCUGGCCGCCCAAAACAGCUCUCCAGUUGCUCUGCUGCCCCAGGUCCGGUCAUUCCAGACGUCGCCGGUCACUCGCGAUAUUGAUUCGGCCGCGAAGUUCAUUGGUGCUGGUGCCGCCACCGUCGGUGUCGCUGGAUCCGGUGCUGGUAUCGGAACGGUGUUCGGUUCUCUGAUCAUCGGCUACGCGAGAAACCCAUCCCUGAAGCAGCAGCUGUUCUCCUACGCUAUCUUGGGUUUCGCCCUGUCCGAAGCCAUGGGUCUGUUUUGUUUGAUGAUGGCCUUCUUGCUUCUCUUCGCUUUCUAAACGAGCAGUUUUAUUAAUUAUUAAAGUAACAUCAAUAUAAUCCGUAAAACAAAAAACAACAAUAAUUCGUAAUGUGUUGAGAAUAAACAAAAAAAAAUCUUCGAAUCACGAUCGGAAGGUACGCGCAAUAAUAAUUAUUGCGUUUAGCAAAUACGAUAAUUCAACAAAAAGCCUGCCACACAUUAAUACGAAAAGAAGAAAGAUUGUUUCAAAAAAACAAAAACAUUAGCGUCUAGCCAUGAAAAAAUUAUGAUGAACAAUUAGAGCUUUGGUUUAUACUGUUAGGCUUAGCGAGAGGACACACUUGCGCGAGAAGAAACUACCAAAAGCUGCCAUCACAACAAUGCAAUGUGUCCCCGGGUUCCCUUUUGCGCGGUUUAUCAUCCAGUAGCAAUCUGCAUUCCAUAAUUAUUUCAUGGAUAUACCUAACGUAAGCCACACCUCCGAAGUUUAACAACAAAAAUCAGUCCAUUCAAGAACAUCAAACAAAUGGACAAAAAAAACAAUUGAGCGAACCAAUGUUUAUAAAUCUGUAGAACUGAAGCUUCACUGUGCUUUUGGCGCGAGAUAACGAACAGGAUAGGACAAUGAAACGAGAAACGAAGAAGCAGUCACGAGAAUAUCAUCUGGCUUGGGCGGCGAACCGGGUGAGCAUGUUAUCGUUUGGGUCUCUUGCGUUGAUUUGGGAGGAUCACGUCAGAGGCCGUUACACACGCUGUGAUUGCUAACCUGCUGGAUCUCUUCGCUCUUGCUGAUAUAUAUUAAGCAGAAAACACUACCAGAUCGAAUUCGUAAAAUCUGCUGCUUUUAAUUACCAUCUACUUAAAUGAUACACUGAGUAAUGUGAGAGAACAUCGUAAUAAAAAUAUGAGACUAGUUACUGGUACAAACAAGAGGAUAA